UCCACUGCAAAUGCUGUCCGACGAUCCCGACCCUCCGUCUGUCAAAACGGAGACAAAUACCGAUUCCGAUCCGUUGGCAACCCUGGCGUCGGCCGCCAUUUCCUCGGCCGUCACGAACGGCGUUCCCUCACUGAAUACCCCUAAGCCAGUGGUGGUGAAGCAGCCCCUGAAGAAUAAGAACCAGUGGUACGACGUGUCGGUGCUGAAGACCAAUCAGUGCACUGUUCAGAACUUUUUGAUGGCACCGGAAGGGCUCGAUAGACGAGAUCCUGACGCUGACUUCGACUCGAAUACAGUCCCAAACUUUAACAGUUAUAUUAAGGCGGAACUGGAGCCGGGAACGGCCUAUAAGCUGAGGGUAUGCGCCGUGAAUGCGUGCGGUAGAGGCGCCUGGAGUGAGAUAUCGGCGUUCAAGACGUGUCUACCCGGCUAUCCGGGCGCCCCGUCGGCCAUCAAAAUAACAAAGAGCACCGAAGGGGCGCACCUGUCGUGGGAGGCGCCGCAUCUGACGUCCGGAGAGAUAACCGAGUAUUCCGUGUAUUUGGCGGUGAAGUCGGCGCAGACGGGCGCCGGCCAACAGACGGUAACCUCGAACCCCAACCAAUUGGCGUUCGUGAGGGUGUACUGCGGUCGCCAGGCGUCCUGUACGGUGGGUAACACCCAUUUGGCGACCGCCCACAUCGACACGACCACCAAACCGGCCAUAAUCUUCCGGAUCGCCGCCCGCAAUGAGAAGGGCUACGGACCGGCCACUCAAGUGCGAUGGCUUCAGGACACGGCCAACGCGGCGCCGGCCGCCAAACCCGGCCCU